AUGGAGAAAUCAACAAUGUCAGCUAUACUGUUGGUGUUGCACCUUUUCGUCCUCCAACUUCAAUAUUCUGAGGUCCACUCGCUUGCCACGACUUCUGAUCAUGAUUUUAGCUACCUGAGCUUUGCAUACGACGCCACUGAUCUAGAGUUGGAAGGAUCAUAUGACUACGUUAUAGUUGGAGGAGGAACAUCAGGGUGUCCAUUGGCAGCAACUUUAUCAGAAAAAUACAAGGUGCUCGUUCUCGAAAGGGGCAGUCUUCCGACAGCAUAUCCCAACGUCUUGACUGCAGAUGGGUUUGUAUAUAAUCUCCAGCAAGAAGAUGAUGGAAAGACACCCGUCGAAAGGUUCGUGUCCGAAGAUGGUAUUGAUAAUGUACGGGGCAGGGUGCUCGGUGGCACAAGCAUGAUCAAUGCCGGUGUCUACGCCAGAGCUAACACCUCAAUCUAUAGUGCAUCAGGAGUUGAUUGGGACAUGGAUUUGGUUAAUCAGACAUAUGAGUGGGUUGAAGACACUAUUGUGUACAAGCCAAAUUCUCAAUCUUGGCAAUCUGUUACAAAAACUGCCUUCUUGGAGGCUGGUGUUCAUCCAAACCAUGGAUUUAGUUUAGAUCAUGAAGCAGGAACUAGAAUUACCGGCUCAACUUUUGACAACAAGGGAACGAGACAUGCAGCUGAUGAACUACUUAAUAAAGGAAACUCUAACAACUUGCGAGUUGGAGUUCAUGCCUCAGUAGAGAAGAUCAUCUUCUCCAAUGCAGCAGGUUUGACAGCUACAGGAGUCAUAUAUAGGGAUUCUAACGGAACGCCUCACCAAGCAUUUGUACGCAGUAAGGGAGAAGUUAUCGUGAGUGCAGGGACAAUUGGGACCCCUCAACUUCUACUACUUAGCGGUGUUGGGCCAGAGUCUUACCUAUCAUCUCUAAAAAUUCCAGUUGUUCUUUCCCAUCCUUACGUCGGACAGUUUCUGCAUGACAAUCCUCGUAAUUUCAUUAACAUUUUGCCGCCAAAUCCAAUUGAACCCACAAUUGUAACUGUUCUAGGCAUUUCAAACGAUUUCUACCAAUGUUCUUUCUCGAGCUUGCCAUUUACAACUCCACCCUUCGGUUUUUUCCCUAGUACAUCUUAUCCCCUGCCAAAUUCGACUUUUGCUCACUUUGCUAACAAAGUGGCAGGACCUUUGUCUUAUGGUUCUCUCACGCUGACAUCCUCUAAUGUGAGAGUCAGUCCAAAUGUCAAAUUCAAUUACUAUUCAAAUCCGACAGAUCUUUCUCAUUGUGUUAGCGGCAUGAAGAAGAUUGGUGAACUCUUGAGCACAGAUGCAUUAAAACCAUAUAAAGUUGAAGAUUUGCCGGGCAUAGAAGGCUUUAAUAUUUUGGGAAUCCCUUUGCCAAAGGACCAAACAGAUGAUGCAGCCUUCGAAACAUUUUGCCGAGAAUCAGUAGCCUCAUAUUGGCACUACCACGGUGGAUGUCUUGUUGGAAAAGUGCUUGAUGGUGAUUUCCGUGUUACAGGGAUCAACGCAUUACGCGUUGUUGAUGGCUCAACAUUCCCUUACACACCAGCGAGCCACCCUCAGGGCUUCUAUCUGAUGUUAGGGAGGUAUGUGGGCAUUAAAAUUCUGCAAGAACGAUCAGCUUCAGAUCUGAAAAUCUUGGAUUCCCUCAAGUCAGCAGCAUCCUUUGUUUUUUAA